UACGUAUACUGCGUGCAACUGCUGAUUGAGAAAGAGCCCGCGAUCUCGAAAUGGCGGAAGACGUUCUAGGAAAACGAGUUUUAUGCGACGGAUAUAUUGGAACGGUUAAAUACCGUGGCGGAGUCCCUCCAACCGAAGGAGAAUGGUAUGGAGUAGAGUGGGACGAUCCAAAGAGGGGAAAACAUGAUGGGAGUAUAGACGGAGUUAAAUAUUUUGAAUGCAGACAUCAAACAAGUGGCUCCUUUGUUAGAGAAAAGAAGGUGUCUUUUGGAGUGAGUGUGGUGGAGGCUCUGCGAUCACGAUAUGGUGCUACCGCUGCGCCUAUACCAGAUAAAGACAUGUACGUGUCUGCAACAAGGAGUAAAAAAAAGGCUGUAGAAAUGGUGGGGGCUGAUUCUGUACAGAAAAUAACAAGUUGUUUUGAGAAGCUGCAAGAUGUGAUACUUAGAGGAGAGGCCAUAAAUGGUGCAGAUAAAACAACAAGACUUUGUGACAUUGCUCCUGAUAUCCAGGAAUUGGAUAUCUCUAAGAAUCUGAUUUCAUGCUGGAGUGAUGUUGCUGCUAUCACUGAAGGUUUAACAAGACUUAGAUCCCUGGUAUUAAGUGACAAUCACUUGAUCUUGCCAGAAUGCCAAGAAGACCUUGCUGGCUCUUUCAAAACUAUAAAAAUAUUAUAUCUCAACAAAAUGCAUUUGCAAUGGGAUCAGGUUAUUCUGAUUCUUCGGAUGUUCCCUUACUUAGAAGAACUUCAUCUCCGUGGUAACAAUAUAUGUAGUUUAAGGAUUGAUUGCCAUGAACCAGGGCAAGAAAUGCUAAUGGCAUUUCAAAAUAUGAAAAUACUGGAUUUGGAUGAUAACAAAAUUACUGAUUGGAAUGAAGUACUCCGUCUUGGGUCAUUGCCGAAGUUGGACACAUUAGUUCUUAACCAUAACAAGAUAAGUCAGGUUUUCUUCAAAGAAGGAAAUGAGACGAACAAAACAGACUCCUUCGGAUCAUUGACUACACUGUCACUUUUUUCAACUGAUAUUCAAGAUAUUUCAAGUUUGAAUGCUUUGAACAUGUUACAAUCUUUGGUGAAUCUGAAAUUCAAAAACAACCCCUUGUUUAAAGACGAGACUAGUUUUGUGAGCCGGCAGGAACUGAUAGCACGUGUUGCAAGCCUUCAGAAUGUCAACAACAGCCCAUUGAUGGGGAAAGAGCGAGUAACAGCAGAGCAGAUGUACAUAAAAAAAUAUGCCCAAGAAUGGAUCAGUGCUGGUGCGAACCUAGAGAACAUGGAUACUUACAAACUGAACAAGGAAUUUGUGGACAGACAUCCACGGUACACUGAGCUGAUUAAAGUGUACGGCCCUCCAGAAGAGGUACUUCAAAAGAAAACCUCAACGAAACUGAAGGAUGCUCUGAUACCUCUUAAAAUCAUAUGUCCGGAUAACACUGACAAGAAGGCUGUCACUAAAAAACUUCCGGGCACCAUGACUAUUGGCAAACUGAAAGGUUUGUUGUAUCGCUUGUACAAAGUGGACAGCUCCGACCAGAAAAUCUCCUACCUUGACACUAAGAACAAUAGGGAGAUCGCCAUGGAUGAUGAUCUUCGCCAGAUUGAUUUUUAUUCCCUCGCACCAGAUGACACCGUUUUUCUCCGUUGGUGACAGUGACUUCUUGGUGUGUAAUCUUGCUGUUCUAAAGAAGAGAUUGUUUGUUUAAUUUCCAAUCAUCUCUGGACAAUUGGACACUUUUGACACAGAUGGAUGUCUCGUGCACAAAGAAAGGAUGUCAUUUGAACAAGGGAAGGCAUGUUAAAUGCAAAGGGAAAGGCAUGCUACGUGCGUAAAGGAAAAUCACGUGAAUUAGACCCCGUCCCCACGUAUCCGUUUUCGUUUGAAAACGCAACCUUUUUGUUACGGAUACGGGUACCGUCCACACGGAAACGCGAAAACGGAACAAUUUGAAAACGAUCUCCAGAGUGGAACAAUUUGAAGAAGAUACCCUCUCGGUGCCCUGGGGACGGACGAAAACGGACCUUUCGAAAACGAUGGCGUGAUAACUCAGGUCCAGUUCACUUGGCGCGCGAGUACGCAUGCGCUGUAGAGCUUGUUAUCGUUUUUGCGUUUUCGUGGGGACGGGUCGUAUCAAAAUGAAAACGCUUCGUGUGGAUCUUUUUGAAAACGGAACAAAAAGGUUGCGUUUUCAAACGAAAACAGAUACGUGGGGACAGGGUCUGAGCGAAGAAAUGCCAGGCACAAUAAAAAAAAAGGCAUCCAGAAGGCAUGUCACGUGAAUAAAGAAGGCGUGUCACGUGAAUAAAGGAGGCAUGUCACGUGCUGAAGAUGAUGAGGCAGGAAACUCAUUUGCAAACAGCACACAAAGGCUCAACGAAUCACGGCGCGCAAAGAUCCAAUUAAACAAGGCGCUCAAUAAGUUACAACGAGCCACGGCAAGGACAGAAGGAAAAAAGUUUGUCGGGCUAAACUCUGAUAAUAAACCUCGCCUCUAAUUUGGCUGAAACGUGUAUUUUUUGGAACGCGCUCUCCGUAUUUACUUUAAAAAUCUGAUCGAGUUCCGUUGCGUAGAGCUAGUACUUCGCGAUGCGCGAAAACUUUACAAACAAGCCUUAGGCCAAGUAAAAAUAAAAACAUGUUUAUCGUCCUGAUAAGAUCAAAAUAGGGAGCAUGCGGCCCUUUUUAUUUAUUAUUUUGUAUUUAUUUUUUUCUCCUUGGUUUAUCAAAGAUUUGUACGAUUUAUACAGGAAAUUUCCGCGAUGUUGUGAACGGGUUAGUUCAGUUUCCUGACACCGCUAACGCACGAAAUUUUAAUUUCUGAGGAACAAACAGUCAAAAAUGAAAUGACUAAAAAAAUAUUGAUGCGGCCACAAAAAAGGAUGCAGGCGGGGACGAUAAACAUGUCUUUUUUUACUGGCCUUACAAACUCGUUCCUCUUUGCACUUUCCUGAAAAAAAUGGUCAAAUAUUAGAAUAAUUCGCGCAGCAAAAGAUUCGUGAGGAAUAAAACAACACGUGUUUUUUUCACGUGUAUAUGUAAUAUGAACACGUCAACUCUAUUUUAUAGGGAAGAUGGAGUUGGAUGAUAGCGAGGGAGGUCGAGAGGUCGUAUGACUAACGGACCAAUAUAGUAACCUAACGCAACAUUUGUAUGCAACAAUUAAAAUAUGUAUACAGAAUUCAGGUAAAAAUACUUUACUUUGUUAUUCUAGCUUAUUUCUCAUAUACUGGAUAGAAUUACUAAAAUAAAUGUUUUUACGAAAAA